AAGAAACAGACGAUCGAAAUGGCGGCGCCAGCAGAGAGGAUGGAGGUGUCACAGGGGGAGAGCUCAGCCAAGCCUGCUGCAGAGGAUAUGACGUCAAAGGACUACUACUUUGAUUCAUAUGCCCACUUUGGCAUCCACGAGGAGAUGCUGAAAGAUGAGGUUCGCACGAUGACUUAUCGCAAUUCCAUGUUCCACAACACGCAUCUGUUUAAGGACAAGGUGGUGCUGGAUGUGGGCAGCGGGACUGGCAUCCUCUGCAUGUUUGCUGCGAAAGCCGGAGCCAAGAAGGUUAUAGGGAUCGAGUGCAGCAGCAUCUCAGACUACGCUGUGAAAAUUGUCAAGGCCAACAAGCUGGAUGAUGUUGUUACUAUUAUCAAAGGGAAGGUAGAGGAGGUGGAUCUGCCCGUCGAUGGAGUAGACAUCAUCAUCUCAGAGUGGAUGGGCUAUUGCCUCUUUUAUGAGUCCAUGCUCAACACAGUCAUUUAUGCCAGGGACAAGUGGCUGAAACCAGAUGGUCUCAUAUUCCCCGACAGGGCAACUCUUUACGUCACCGCCAUCGAAGACAGGCAGUACAAGGACUACAAAAUCCACUGGUGGGAGAACGUGUACGGAUUCAACAUGUCCUGUAUUAAGGAGGUGGCGAUCAAGGAACCCCUGGUUGACGUGGUGGACCCAAAGCAGCUGGUUAGCAGCGCCUGUCUCAUCAAGGAGGUGGACAUCUACACAGUGAAGGCGGAGGACCUGACCUUCACCUCACCGUUCUGCCUGCAGGUGAAGAGGAACGACUACAUCCACGCUUUGGUCACCUACUUCAACAUAGAGUUCACCCGCUGUCACAAGAGGACCGGCUUCUCUACCAGCCCAGAGUCUCCCUACACCCACUGGAAGCAGACAGUCUUCUACCUGGAUGAUUACCUGACCGUCAAGACUGGUGAAGAGAUCUUUGGCACAAUCAGCAUGAAGCCAAACAUCAAGAACAAUAGGGACCUGGACUUCACCGUAGACAUUGACUUCAAGGGGCAACUGUGUGAGGUGUCGAAGACGUCCGAGUACCGGAUGCGCUAGAAGUCCGUCUCCCCCCUCCUUGCCUUCCUGUGUUAGCUUGUCUUUCGUAGAGGACAGAUUUUGCUGUUUGAAUUGGAGUCUGUACAAUAGUUUGAUGCUCCCCAUGCAGCAACAUUUUAAUAACUGUCAUAUUUUUUUUGUCAUUUUUCUUGUUGAUGCGUUAACAGUAUUUAAAAAGUCUCACAUUCAUGGGGUCUGCGUGCAAUGGCAUGGUGAUGCAUUGUGCCAUAGUCACUCGACAAAAUGCGUGUAUUUGACAUGUCCCUUGGUGGUCCGACAUCUUCUUUGAGUCUUGGUCUUGGGUUCUUGUCCUUUUGCAUGUGCAAAAUCCAUAUAAAAACCAACACAACAGCCCCGCUGACAUGUCUGCAUAGUAUUACUGUUCAGUCACUUUGGAACUCUGUAUAGUCCUUAUAUGACCCAGCUACUUAUCUCCCUUUGUUUUUUUUAUUCUGUUGAAGCUGUAUGUGGGUUCUUUCGGAUUUCUGUAUACUCAAGAAACCCUGCCUAUUCACGUGUGUACCCCUUAAUAGAAACCAUAUGUAACUGACAAGAAAGCUGUCCACCACAUACUGUAGGCCCUGUUCAAACCAAAAAUGCCAUGUUUAAAAAUAAGAAAAUAAAUUGAUAUUAAUACAACAGGUGUGGUGCUGGUGUGAACGUGGUGCUCCAGUUUCCAGUGAGGAACAACACGCUCUGUAAAGUUAUCACAGAUAAAUUCCUACACAGUACAUACUAAUGUCCUAGUAUAUUCUUUUCGUAUAGUAAACUCGAUAUCCAGAUACUUCGUUCAUCGUUAAAACAUGAAUGUGUAUGUGUUGAUGUAAAUCAAGCUGCGAUUUUGUAAAGCUACUGCCUAUUAAACUACAAAGAGACAUCAAA